CGGGGCGCCAUCUUGAAAACACGCCACCGCUGGUGCCGUCAGUAGGUGUAUGGUGGAACAUACCGCCUCUCGCUCCAGCCGCAGCACCACACCCCGGCGAACCGACCUGAUCUAGUGGACUGUGGAUGGGACAGGGUCGAUAUCGGCCCGGGCACCGGCCAGGCAGUCAAGCUGGAACUCAUGGAACUAGAGAACAUCGUGGCCAAUACGGUCUACCUCAAAGCACGAGAAGGGCAAGCAGAUAGUAACAAGGGCAAGAGCAAGAAAUGGAGAAAGAUCCUGCAGUUCCCGCACAUUUCGCAGUGCAUAGACCUCAAGACUAAGAUAGAUGUAAGAUACAACUACAUAGUAGACCAGCAGCCUAUCGGGCGGCUGCUCUUCCGUCAGUUCUGUGAGGAUGCAAAACCAGAAUAUCAUCGAUACAACAUAUUUCUUGACUCGAUCGAGCGGUAUGAGGUGGAAGCGGACGAAAACCGUAUGGAAGUGGCCAAAACCAUUUACGAAAGAUACUUGAGAAGAGACGCGGAAGAUGCGGUUGACGUGCUCAAUGAGACCAUGAUCGAAAAAUGCAAGGAGAGCAUGGCAUCCGGAAGCAAAGAUCUUUUUGAAGACUGCAUGAGUGCUGUCAAGUCCUUCCUGGCCAACGAACCCUUCCGGUUGUUCGAGGGCUCCAUGUUUUUCCAUCGGUACUUGCAGUGGAAGUGGCUUGAAAGUCAACCGGUCACUUACAAAACCUUCCGGAUGUACCGAGUGCUCGGGAAAGGCGGCUUCGGCGAAGUGUGUGCGUGCCAAGUGAGAUCAACUGGAAAAAUGUACGCCUGUAAGAAGCUGGAGAAGAAGCGAAUCAAAAAGCGGCGAGGCGAGGCGAUGGUGCUGAUCGAAAAGCAGAUCCUCCAAAGGAUCAACUCGCGCUUCGUAGUGAGUCUCGCGUACGCCUACGAAACCAAGGACGCCCUCUGCUUGGUGCUCACCAUUAUGAAUGGCGGCGACCUCAAGUUCCACAUAUACAACAUGGGCGGCGAACCCGGCUUUGACCUCAAUCGAGCAAGAUUCUACUCAGCAGAGGUGCUUUGUGGCCUAGAACACCUGCACGCAGUCGGCAUUGUUUAUCGAGACUGCAAGCCAGAAAAUAUAUUGCUGGACGAUCACGGUCACGUCAGGAUUUCCGAUCUGGGGUUAGCUGUGGAAAUUCCCGAGGGUGAAAUGGUGCGGGGGAGAGUUGGCACGGUCGGCUACAUGGCUCCUGAAGUCAUCGAUAACGAAAAAUACACGUUUAGUCCCGACUGGUUCAGCUUUGGUUGUCUAAUUUACGAGAUGAUUGAGGGGCAGGCUCCCUUCAGAGCUCGUAAAGAAAAGGUUAAAAGGGAAGAGGUUGAUAGACGGGUGAAAGAAGACACAGAAAAGUACUCCUCAAAGUUCAACGAUGAAGCGAAAACCUUAUGUCAACAUUUGUUAAAAAAGCGAGUGAAAGAGCGAAUGGGAUGUUUGAGCCAUCGGCACGGUGCUCGAGAAAUCAAACAGCACGAAUUCUUCAGGUGCCUAAACUGGAAGAGGCUGGAGGCGGGAAUCAUGGAGCCGCCGUUCAGUCCGGAUCCGCACGCGGUCUAUGCAAAAGAUGUGUUGGACAUCGAACAAUUUUCCACGGUGAAGGGGGUCAACCUGGACGCCACUGACGACACUUUUUACAGCAAAUUCAACACAGGAUCUGUUUCGAUACCUUGGCAAACAGAGAUGAUCGAAACCGAGUGCUACAAGGAACUGAACGUGUUUGGCCCUGAAAACACCCCAACGCUAGAUCUGAUGAUCGAUGCUGAACCCGAGCCUGAAAAGAAAAGUUGCUUCCCGUUUAGAAGAAAGAAGAAACAGCAGUCCAGAACAAAGCCGUUGCCAGUGGCCAAGCAUCUGUACGAAGCUCGUCCCGCAGUUGUCACCGAGAUUGCGAGCUGAUGUGCUGUAAAAGCGGACGUGUUGCUCGCCACCAAUAAAUAUAUUGCAAACUAACUGACAAGGGCAGCUGUGUCGCUGAAGAAGAGAACAACAGCAGCAGCAACCACCAGCACCAGCACCAACUUUUGCACCUGUGCAGGUGCCAGUUCAUACUCAAGAGGCUCCUCGCCGGCGGCCUCGCUGAGAGCAACAAACACACACUCGUCAAGUAUGUAAACACUUUCACACUGAACGAAAAAACACUUAGGAGAACUGCUGCGCCUGGCAAAUCUCACAGUUUUUGUUUGACUUUGGGCUCGAGUGAAACCAUUGGAAAAAACACUUCUUUCAACUCUGCACAUAAUUUUUCGAUUUUACGGCAUUUUUCCCGGUAAGAAGAGGCCCCAUUAUCGUGGUGUAUUUUUCUGUGCAUGUUGCUCUUACGCAGUAAGGUUCAAUGCAAUUAGUUGACCAGGUUUUUAAUGUUACGUUUAAAUAGUGCUUUGUUUUCAAUUCGAUUUUAGAACCGACUGCACGCGAGCAAAAUUUCUUCAACUUUCCGGCUUUCUGAUAGCUUUCUCUCCAGACUGUCUCAUAGAUUUCUGCUUAGCUUAUUUUGGCAAUGGAAGUUGAUACUUAGAUCCUGGCCAGUCAAAUAGACAACCAAUCAAAAGAGAAAUAAAUAAAUUUUUAACGUAUUGAGUGCGUUCCGUCGCUGCCGCUUCGAAGGCAAAGCCUUGGACAGCAUCUUAGCCCAGAUUUUACUGCUUGUUUUUUGAGAGGGUAUCUUUUGAUGAAAACCAAACUAAACGCGAUUGAGAGUACAACGCUCGAGAGUUUUGCAUUUAAAAAGUAGCACAAAACAACUUUUGCAUUUUUAUACAAACAACGCGAGAAACACACUCAAGGCAGGGAUUUUGUCGCUUUUGGAUGCUCGGUGGAAAGAAAACAAAAAGAAAACAAAAAAUCAACCAACCAAAUGCAUUUAUCAAGCAGCAUUGCCAAAUCUCUUGCAUUCACACUCACUCACACACAAACUCACUAGAAACGGUGCUUUUUUAUUAUCAUACUGAUGCCAAAAAGGAAUCUUGGAUUUGCACAAAUAAUAAUAUAUUAUAGCUUGGACUUUUCUCGCAAGAUGAGGAGUGGUUCACUUUGAGUACAAGUAUUUUUCCCAACAACAGACUUGACACUAAUCAGGGUUUUGGCCAGAGUUGGUGUCCUCGGUCCUUCUUCCCUUCCGAACACACAGUACACGCUGCUUUUUCCACUCACUCACUCACUCACUCUGCACACUUCCACCACCGAAUGCUAGUCUUUUCACAGCUCCUUCCGGCACGCAACCAAAUAAAGACAAAACACGAGGUGCCCAGCCUGGCCAAUUGUUUUUAUUGUUGCAUGGUGCUUUCUUUAUUUUUUUGUCGACCCGGAGCGGCAUUGUUAAAUAAUCCGAAUCAUUCCCGAGAUCGCGACACUUCGCCCGGUGUUGCACGCGCGGAUUUAAUUAAACUGUCACAAACAUACACACACACGCACACGAACUAGCAGAUUAACAGCCAAACGCCAAUGAAAAGCUAAAGGCUCUCUCAACGCAUAAUUUAUCAUUUUUAAAUUAUACAUGUGUACAUUUCUAUUGAAUUAUAGUUAUAAUUACGCAAAGAAUGAGUUGUAAUCACUGUUUCUCAAGAUAUAGUGUGAUAUUAUAGGACUAGCAAAGACAUAUUGAACGUGUAACUAACACGCGCAGAACAUAUUUAUAAUGUUUGUCCGUCGUCGUAGUGAGGAUGCGUGUUUGUCGGUCGAGUGUCUAAAACGAUGAUUCUUCUGGUCAAGCAAGCGCGCACUUUGUAAAAAGCGUCACACAUACACACACACAACUUUUAAUUCAAACUCUAUGAUAUAAUUGUAAAAUAAUCAAAGCACAGAAGAAAGAAAGAAAGCAAGAAAGUACACACAAGAUAACAUGUUCAUAAAAUAAUAGUGCUUCUGUGUUAAGGUGGAUGUGUAAAAACCAUAAUAAGUGAAAUUAAUGUGCCCACUAAUUGAUGUUCACCGAAAAGAGCGGUUUCUAGUUUUAAAUCACCAGCCUCUCUCUCUCUUUCUCCUCCUCCUGCUCCUCUUUAUCAGCUGUAAAACAACUCACCGACGCAUUUUGGAAUCGCGGACCUCGUCGGUCUGAAGCACAAAAAUCAAACCGAUUAAAAAGAUGCAUUUAAUCUUAUUCAAAUUUUCUGCAUUUUCAACACACACGUCACGAAACUCUCCUCGAAAAAGUGCUUUCAUUGCUUUGCUUGUGUACAAAACUAUGAUACGGGCUUCAAGACUCUAAUCUCUAAUUAUUUAUAUAGCGAUUGAUUGCUUCCAGACUUUUUUUAUAGUUUUACGCAUCGAGUAUCUUACACGUACGGUUAGUAUUGUAAUAAUAAUUACGGUAAUUCACUGACAAUUAUUUCAUGUUCCUUUUAUUUAGUGGCUCAUCUUUAUAUAUACAUAUAUUAUAUUGCUAUCAAAUACGCAUGAUUGUUUAAUUUGUUUUGUUUUGUUUGCAAUCGGGUCAAUUGUUCUCAAACGCACAAUUUUUUGACAUUGUGAACAUUCGAAACGACGAGACGUGGAUAUUUAGGGACAAACAACGCGUUUUAAUAUAAUCCUCCCAGAAUAAUCGGCGCGCGUAUUGUGUAUCUGUGUUCGGUAUCAUACCAGGAAAGCAGUUGUUUUAAUAAUAGCUUUUAAUAUCUUAUAUAUAAAUAAUAACUGAAAGUGUUUGAGGAGAACGUCAUGCAUACAAUUAAUGUGAUGAAUCGAAAAUGCAAAGAAACUUUCGAGAGAGGACGUUCGUUAGCAAUGUCGAGGGCGCGGAAAUGAAGAGCGAUGAGUUUGUGAGCAGCGCCCCAAAGUAUAAUAUUAUAAAGAAAAAAUAAAAUAAAAAUAUGAAACAUAGGAUAUAUGUGUGCCAAUACCUUGUAUUGAAAUGGAGAAUCUGAAUAAAUGUUUGUUAAAUAUUUACAAAAAAAAUAAAA